AUGAGAGACAAUUCUACCAAGGCACUCGUAUGGAAACUGAAAGAUCAAUAUUGCGAUGUUUCUGUGAGACCUAUCCGUGACCACAGGAAGCCCGUAGAAGUCUUCAUUCGAAUGCUGCUAUAUGAACUCAUCGAGUUUAACGAGAAUCAGCAGAAAAUCACAGUUCGCUCUAAUAUGAGAUUGAAAUGGAUAGACGAGUAUCUACAGUGGGAACCGAGUGAAUGGGAUGAUAUCUACAACAUUACCCUUCAUAUCAAAGAUAUAUGGAAACCUGAUAUAGCUCUUGAGCAAAAUGUGCACAAAGACGGUAUUAGUAUUACUGACACGUAUGUCAUCAUUCAACAUACUGGUUUAGUAGAUUGGUUAUUCCCUGCCACUACCACAAGCGCCUGCAAGAUCAACAUUAUGUACUUUCCUUAUGAUAUCCAGCAAUGCAAUAUGACUUUUUAUCCAUGGACAUUAACUCGUACUCAGAUGAGAUUAUUUGGACUGAAUGAUGAAGACGCCCUGCAGGAGAGGUUUGUCCGCAAUGGAAUAUGGAACCUGACUAAUUUUCUCCCUGUCAACGAAAGCAUCACAUUCAAGUGCUGUCAAGAUUCAUUUGACCAAGUCGUUUAUAUGCUGACGUUUACCAGGGAAACAUCAUUCUUCAACACGAAUAUAGUCAUUCCGGCCCUAUACCUGACCGUUUUGAUGUUAAUCGGUUUUUGGUUGCAUCCCGAUUCUGGGGAGAAGAUCACCUUCACAGUCACCAACCUCUUGGCUCUCAUUCUCUUCCAGCAGCUGGUUGCAGAAUUCAUGCCACCCAUAGGCGAACCAAGGUCCAUUAUCGUGACAUGUUUCUUCAUCUUGAUAACCCUGAGUGUAUGUUCCGUAAUGCUCACCGUGAUUGUCCUCCAUGUCUAUCACAAGGACGUUGUAUCUCGGCCUCCAUCCUGGGCUUUCUGGCUUCUUAGAAUCUUCAUCAACAGAAACGCAGAAAAGAAAAUGAGGGAUUACUACAAAUAUCUCGAGGCAAAGGAAUGCGAAAGGAAAGAUUCCACUAUCCGAUACAUUUGUGAUACGGUACCACCACCCGCUGUUCUUGACAACGCAUCUCCACCAUCAUCCGAGGUGGUUGGGGAGUCAUCUUCACUCCAAGAGGGGUCAAUUGACUCCAAGGCAUUCAAAGUGAAAUGCUCCAUGGAAUUAUCCAAUAGUUUCAUGUGGAAGCAGCUUGCUCAUGGCAUCGAUAGAGCCUUUGGUACUAUAUUGAGUGCAUGCAUGAUGGGUUGUGCAAUUUAUGCCGUUGUUUCCUUUAGUCAAGCUCCCUAGAUGCCGCAACGAAAAGAAUUGUUAUUUCAGAUUGCAAUAUUAUCUUGCUUAAUGGAAUGCGAUGCGGUUAAGAGAGCACAGAUAUGACAAAACAGAAUUGGAGAGCGUUUCUUAAAAAAAGUUGUCGGACAUGAUGUCGGAUCUGACAAAUACAUUUUCCUUUUAAACCUUUCCUGAUUAUAAGCUAUUAGUGUACAUUGCAGAAACAUGAUCAAAUAUC